AUGGAUUCUUCUCUUCAAGAUCUUCAAUUUGAUCUUGAUUUCUCAUUGUCUCAGUCUUUGAUUCGAAGAUUGCCUUCUUAUAUUGAACGCCGUUUGUUGUUGGUUUUUCUAUUGCAGAAACUUCAUUCAAAAAUGAGUCAGGAAAAAGACAGCCGAGCUUAUUCAUCACGUGAUGACGAGAACUGGAUGUAUUUGAAACCUGUUAGUCUAUACGACAUGCUUCUACGUCACUUUCCAUGCAAACCAUGGUUUCUUCGGAGAAACUUGAACUACAAAUAUCAACAAAAUUGCGAAACAAGGUCCGCAUCUGCUGGGAUGGUAGUUUUCAACUUUAAGGACUUGGAUAAUACAGUGAAGAAAACUCAAGUUACGAAGAACUGCUCUUGUCCCUUUUGCUAUAUGCAAUGUGGUAGCUUCAAGGGGCUGCAACUUCACUUGAAUUCAUUUCAUAAAAUACUUGAAUUUGAGUUCAUGACUUCAGAAGAAAACCAGACAGUUGAUGUCACUGCAAGACUUGAUGCUUUCGAAACCGAGGACCGAGAAAACAAUCGAGAAAAAUUUGAGCCUCUCUCCUUUUGCUCAAACACUUUCAAGCGUAGACAAAUAGGUGGUAGAAAUAUCCCCAAGCGGCUUAAUGUAACCAUUUUACCAUUGGAUCCUCCCUUUUUAGCCGAUGACACAGAAACUGGAACCUCCUUGCUGAACAAUAGAAAUCCUGAGGCAAUGAUGAAUGUACCAGAGAUAGGUCAAUCUUCUGGCUCUGGGGCUAGCGAAUCUGAGGGCCCUGCUGCUAAGACAAGAAGGUUUAAAUUUUCUUCCAGCAUCUCACUUCUCCAGACACGCCAGUUCUAUCAUUCUCGAACACUUCAGAGGAUUGAUAAUUUUGAGGAUGUGAGCCCGACUGGAAAGAACUUCAUGCGUCUUUGGAACUCAUUUGUAAGAAAGCAAAGGGUUAUCACGGAUGGUCAAGUUCCUUGGGCAUGUGAAGCGUUUUCAAAGUUUCACAAGAAAGAGUUUACCGAAUCCAAACCACUCCACUCAUGCUGGAGAAUGUUUAUGAUCAAACUGUGGGAAUAUGGCCUUCUCGACGCUGUCACCAUCAACAAGUGCAAUCUCAUAAUCGAGGAUAGCGAAGAUGAUCCCUCAGGCAACACCAACAACAGUAACAGUGAAGAUUAUGGUAUUGACCUAAACAGAACUGAUACGAUGGAUGUUGACAAUAACGGCGUGGAUCUUGGCAUUGACCUAGAGAGGAGCAAUGCGAUGGAUGUUAACAAUAACAAUGUGGAUCGUGGCAUUGACCUAAACAGGAACGUUACGAUGAAUGUUAACACUAGCAAUGUGGAUCGUGGCAUUGACCUAAACGGGAACGUUACGAUGAAUGUUAACACUAGCAAUGUGGAUCGUGGCAUUGACCUAAACAGGAACGAUGUGAUGGAUGUUGACUAGGGAUGUCAAUGACAACGAAGACAAGUAAUCGAAAGACCUCCGAA